AUGAUCCAAGCAAAGUCAAAUUCCGAGGAGAUGAGUCUCGUCCUAUCAUCGUCACCCAGCAUACACUACAUCGUACAGAGCCCAUCUCAAGAUUCCGGCAAUGGCGACAAGUCUGUGCAAACCACUCCACCCUAUAGCAGCCCCUUGUACUCCCCCUCCCAGCCCUCCAACUUGGCCUCGUCAGCCAGCCAUGCCUCCAGCAAUUCCCGCUGGUCAAGGUUCGUACGGAAGUGCCAAAACCGGGGUUGGUCAGAGUGCAAUUCAAUUGAGGAGGAAGCAGAUUAUGACGAGGACAAAGAGUUGACAAGGCCUUGUUGGUGUUUCAUUGGGAUAUUGGGAUUUCUGCUUUUGUUCUUUGUCUUUUGUUUGAUCAUCUGGGUAGCCAGUGUACCUUACAAGCCUCUCAUUGCUGUGAAGAGCUUGAAGGUAAAUAACUUCUACAUCAGCGGAGGAUUAGACCGCACAGGGGUCCCCACCAAGCUGCUGACAGUAAACUGCUCGGUGGAGAUGAUCAUAUCCAACCCAUCUACUUUCUUUGGCAUCCAUGUCAGCUCAUUUCCUGUUCAUCUUUUCUACUCAAAGAUUGCAGUUGCAACUGGGCAGUUGAAGAAAUAUUAUCAACCAAAGAAGAGCAGGCAGAUUGUGUUCGUGAAUGUGGAAGGCAAACAGGUGCCGCUCUAUGGGGCUGGGGCAGCAUUUAACAACGGCGGUGGUGUUCCAUGGAGGUUAGAAUUUGACGUCAAAUCAAUAGUGAAUGUUGUUGGGAAGUUGGUGAGGAUGAAGUAUCUAAGGCAUGUAUCCUGUUCCUUGGCCAUCAACUCUGGGUCUGGUCUCAAAUUACAGGAGGAUUCUUUGCCUGCAGACUGUGUCCUUCCUCGGGCAGCAGCUGACGACUGGGUCUCCUUGGCUGCAACUCCCUUCAUAUCUGGGCAAAGGAGUUCUCCUCUAAUGGCAGGUACUAGCAGAGCUCUUCGCAACAAUGGAAAGCUCUACACAGUGGCAGCGGUUUUGUCCUCUUCUUGCAGCAACAGUGAGCAGUAG